CCCACAAUUCCCCUCUUUUUGCAGAAACCAUUUCGAGUGAGAGGGAGAGGAGUUUUUCUAGAGAGAGAGCAGCAGUUUUCGUGAGAUAGGUUUUGAUUUUUAGAGGGACCAUUGCAUCAGAUCCACAAAUUUCCACACCCCAAAGCACCAAUUUCCCCAAUCCACUAGUGGCUUUCUCUCUCUAGGCCCCUUCAUUUGAUCGCCUCCCUCACAUGGUGCAAGAAUUUGAGGCGUAUGGAUACAGGUACUGGUUAUUUGGACAUGGAAAGGGUUUUAGCCACUGGUUAUCGAUAAUUGAAAACGUAUAAUCCCUUCUUUUGGUCUGGUCUGUUUCGUGAUGGUGAGAAGAAACGAGAGGAGCAUCAAGGAGCUGUAUGGGCUCUUACCAGUGAUAUCGAAGCCUAAGAUUACUCCAGUUUUACAGGGGAAUUAUCGCAUGCAAGGACCUGUGGAUGACUCAGGAUCUGAAAUUGAAGCAAACACGGUGGGAGCUGAAGCUGAAGAAAAAAAAUUGGUGAAGCAUUCUCUGACUGACGAUACGAUGCAUCCCAGUAGCCUUACUCCACCUGUUGCUGAUAAAGAGUUGAAGACUGAAGAUAUCUCAUCUGAUGAGCUCUAUAGUGGAAAAGCAGUUAGAAGGCACCAUGUAACUGGUAACAAUACAUUUUCUCUUCCUAAAAGCAGGGCAUCCAAUGAUGGUAGUGAAACAAGCAAUUUAGCUAGUGCAAGUUCAAGUCAUGACUCUAUCUCUCAAAAUGGAGAAAGCAAAGCAACUGUCCACAGAGUAGAUGCAUCUGUUUACAAUCUGGCAGACAGUGGUACUAAGCUGCCUAGUUGUGAUCGGCAGGCAAAGGAGAAUCAUUUAAAAGAAUUUACCCAAAAUGUUGAUGUCUCAGAUGCAAACCCUCUCAUUACUAAUGGUUCUAAUAACUGUGCUGGGCCUUUGCCAUCAAAGGGAAAUAGUCAGGUGGAUCAAACUGUUGAUAAACCAAACAAUAUUGUUCUGGAAGAUGCCUCCAUUUCAUCUCAUCCCCCUGUUACAUGUGAUAUAGGGUCUUUUACAACUGACCCUUGUGAACAAGUAUCAGAAUGCCUAUUGAGGAAACCCAAAGAUCUAAAGUUACCAGUGAGUGAUAUUAAUGCUUCUAAAGGGAGUUGUUCACCAAGCAAAGUGGUUCCAUCAUCUUCCUCUCACAGUACUGAUUCGGCUAUUUGUAGUUCGGGUUCAAAGGACUCUGGAGAGAAUUCAAGCUCUCAGCACAAGAGAGGACCUUCAGAGAGAUCAAGCCUACUUCUUGAAACUUCAAAUGUUGUUGCAGGGGGGACAAAUGAUAAGGAUGGUGGGAUUAGGGGUAAUUCUUCUUCUGUGGCCACAAUGAAAAUCCACCCAUGCUUGGACAACGAGCAUGACUUGGGCUCUGAACUUGGUCCUUGUGCUGGUUCAGACUCAAAGGAGCCACAAACUAAGAAGACCUGUCUGGUACAAGAUGAACAAGUAGAGAAGUCCAGUACCUCUUAUGAGAUAUCCAAUACUAAGGAAGCACCACAAGUGUCUCAGCCGGUCUCUGAGAGUGAACACUCUGGCUCUGAUCUCGUAGAAGAUGAUGUAAAAGUCUGUGAUAUCUGUGGCGAUACAGGUCGGGAGGAUUUGCUUGCUAUCUGUAGCAGAUGUAGUGAUGGUGCAGAGCACACCUACUGCAUGCAAAUAAUGCUGGAUAAACUGCCCGAAGGUGAAUGGCUUUGUGAGGAAUGCAAGCUUAAGGAGCAGGCGGAGAACAAGAAACCUAACAAGAUUGGAACGUUGUUACCAACUCCAAAACCAGUGUACUCAAAUGAAAAAAGCCAAAAUUCUAGGGAUCCCACCAGCUCAAAACCUUCAUCAAAAUUGAAUAUUAAGGUGCCAGACCAAGACACAAGCAAAUCCUCAAAACUUGUGCCUUCUCCUAGCUUGUCUUCCAAGAGACCCUCUGAAAAUUCAGAUACAAGUUCUUUGAGCAAAAGGCAGGCUCUUGAGGGGCCAUCAAGUGGGCAGAGGGUAUCAGGUCUUAGCAAGAAACCUAUGCUCUCUAGAGAUGGUUCCUCCAAGAACUUAGAAAUGGGGAAAACGAAACCAACCCAUUUGUUAAAUUCAUCUGGAAGCCAACUUGGUCGAAGUUCUCAAGACAACGGCAAGUCACAUUCUCCUUCUGGUCUUAACCCGUCAUCACCAAAAGUGCAAUCGAGGCUUCAUUCUUCUCGUAGUAAAUUUACAUCUCUUAGCAGAUUGCCCAGAGAUGCCCUACGAUCAAAUAUUGGUGGAAUUGUUUCUCCAGGUGUGCAUUCAAGCUUGGUUUCUAAGAGUCCCAUCCUCUCCAAAUCUCCAGAUGUGAAGUCCAGUUCUUUGCAAUCCUUGAAACCAAAACCAAAGGUCAAGCCUGUCUCAGUGGAAACUCCUGGGAAACAAGUCAUGACCAGAGAUGUUUCAGGAAACCAUUCCAAGAAAGAGGAAGCAAAUAAAACCCUGAGUAAAUCAGCAUCGUUUAAAUCUGGUACAAACCCCAACUCCUCAAAAAUACAUGCUCAGGCUCAGAGCUCAUCUCGUGCUGAUGAAUCCAGAGGGACAAAGCUCGGAAAAGAGGGUUCAUUCAAAAGGAUAAACUCCUUUAAAUCGAAUGGUUCUAGUAAUGCAUCAAUAAGUGCUGGUGACAAGUUAUCUCGUCCAAGGGUAGAUUUGAAAAAUACAAGCAACAGUGCAGUAAUUUCGUUGCCUCCCAACUCUCUUAACGGUUCUGAUUUGAGGUCUGCAGAGUCAGACGAGAAAUCAACAACUUCAACAGAUGUUACCGUCCCUGUAGCAGGGAAGGGACUGGAGAUUGCCACUGGUUCUGCCGGCAAAGGUGAAAAUGGACCUACCCCUUCCCCUUCAAGUAACAAUAUCAGAUGCUAUAAAUGUAAAGAGAUGGGUCACAGAGCGCUGUUCUGCCCGGAAAAUAACAGAGAUGGUGUUAACCAUAGCCCAAAUCCCCCACUCUCUACCCUUGCUGAAAAAAAAUCCAAAGAGAUUGAUGGAAAAGGGACAAGCAAGUGGAAGCAUGUUGUGGAGACUGCAAUGUCCAAGCAGCCUAAGGCUUCUGAAAACAGUCGAUUGCCCUCCCGAUCUCAGGAGUUGUCUAACCCUAGCAAUGAAGGUAACAAUAAAGAUGCACGAUCAAAUUCCAAGCCUGUAAAUAUAAGUGGGAGGACCAACUUUAUCUCUCCAUCAGAAGGCACAAGAGAUACCCAAGGAAUUUUAUCCUCUGUUCCUGAUCAUACAAAACAAAAUGUUCCACACUACAUGGAUAUUCCAGGAACUGUUCCAAGAGUAACUGCCAUUCCUCAUGGAAAGAGUGAUGGUGGUCAGCUUUCUGGACUGACAAUUUUGGGCAAGAUCUUGGCAAUACCAGAGCAUGAUUACAUAUGGCAGGGUCGUUUUGAGGUAGAGAGAGGUGGGAGAUUUUCUACUUCCUAUGAUGGGAUUCAAGCUCAUGUAUCCUCAUGUGCAUCACCUAAAGUUCUUGAAACAGUCGACCAGCUUCCUCUAAGAUUCAAGUUAGAGGAAGUGCCUCGUAUGAGCUCAUGGCCGGCGCAAUUUGAGGAAAUCCAUCCAACGGAUGAUACCAUUGCAUUAUACUUCUUUGCCAAAGAUGUUGAAAGCUAUGAAAAGCAUUACUUGAAGUUGUUGGAGACAAUGAUAAAGAAUGAUUUUGCUCUCAGAGGAAACAUAAAAGGAGUCGAGCUCUUAAUAUUCACAUCUAAUCACUUGAUCGAGAAAUCCCAGCGUUGGAACAGAUUAUAUUUCUUGUGGGGUGUAUUUAGAGAGAGGAAGGCAACUUGCUCGGAAUCCUUGGAUAGUUCGCAACGGAUACUGGCAGAAACAGAUAAUUCAAAAGUAAUUAGUUCUGACAACAAGGCCUCAUUCCAAGUUUUGCCAUCUACACUUGCAUCUGAUUCUGAAGUUCCUCUCUCUCAAAGGUCGAGUUCUUGUGGACAAAUGGACAGUGAACGUGUUUCUAUGGGUAUUCCAUCGUCACCUCAGCAGAGAGAUGCUAAAUUUUCUUCUGCUCAGGCAUGUUCUAUAGACAUAAAUUCUUCAGUGAUUGAAAACCCUGACGAGUCAACUGUGGAUGAGACCCUUCCAUCACAUGGGCAUUCUUCAACUUCAAUUCAAAAAACUCAGCCUUUGAGGUCUGAGUUGGCUGAUUAUUCAAUGACUCCAUUUGGGAUGAGCCCAACUCAGUUAGGUCCUGAAGGGAAAAGGAUCAACACAUCCCUGUGGUUGCAGAAAGAAGCCUACAAAGAUCCAGAGAGCAUAAAGGAAACCAGGUCCCAUCUGUGUUUUCAAGCAAAUGUUGUUCAGAAUGGUCCAGUUAUAGGGCAGGCAAAGCCACCAAUGUCAGGUGAUAUACUCAAACCAGUCAAUUUUCCUUUGGGCUCAUGCCAAGGUCCAGUAAUGGAUGAAGACAGUGGCCAUGGCUCAAGACCGGACAGGAAGCGCCCCUUCCCAGAAGCUCCCUUUGAAGCUUCAAAUGAGAACUCAGAUUGUAAGAGACUGAGAACCAGUUACAGUGAUUUGUAUCCUGGAGACAAGAUUGGUAACCCUGGUUUCUUGAAUGUUGAGGAACCGAGACAAGAAUACGACUACAAUUAUGGUGAAACAACAGAGAGGUUCUUCUUUCCAGUGGAUCCAGGGCAGGUGAGGGAAUGCAGCACAAGUGGUUCUAAUUCAUGGCCUUUAUCAAUGAGAGAAGAUGAAGGCUUACCACCUGAUUCAGAUGCCCCGGACCUUGAACUCGCACUUGGGGCCGAGAAGAAACCAUCAAAUGAGGGGUUGUGGCCUCUCAUUUCUCGAAGUCCAGAGAAGAAAAUCGCUCCAGGUAAGGGUCCUUUAAUGGCAGAAGGGGAGGAAGAUAUUGCAUCUCUCUCCCUCUCUCUCUCAUGCCCUUGCUCAGGUGAAGAGAAAACCACAAAGCCCAGUUCACAGACCCACCAGCUCUUGCCUGAGAGGCCACGGGUCAAUACUUCCCUCUUACUUUUUGGUGGGUGCUCCGACACGUAGCCCGUUGAAAACCAUAUAUUGGCCCUGUAAAUUUUCGCCGUGUAUGGGAAGGCUAAUGCAUUCAAAGGAUCUUGAGAGAUCCAAUACGGGUUUUUUUACAGCCCAUUUCAUCUGUCUAUAUUCAUAAAGAGACUCCCUGUGCCUUUGUUCCAUGGCUGGUUAAGGGAUCUCCAGGCAAGGGUUUGUUGGUUGAGUUUAUACUUUCUUUUUUCUUUCUUUUUUAAUCUUGAAGCUUGGUUUCGAGGGCUCCGGAGCCACGGCUUUUGUAUAUAAAGAGAAAAAAGAAGGCCGAAGACUUGGGCCAUGCAGUCUCUCGAAUGAAGUGCUCAUUUAGUCAUGGCGAUUUCAGCGGUUUCUUUGUUCCUCCUCCUUCCCUCUCUUUCCCCUUUUAUGUAUAAAAUACAGCAUGAAUGUGUACUGUUUGCCAUCAGGAUAUAGUUGAGUCUAUCAGGGAUAUGUGACAAGAUGCAGAGCUUCAUUAAGUAAUGAGGAUGUGAGCUUGGCUCAACUCUUGCCUGGUGUUUAA